UGGAGCCUCAUGUUACAGUUAAUGAUUCAACCCCAGAGCAGCCUGAGACCGACUGACAGAGAAAGAGAAGGAAAGAGGGGAAUCUCAGAGCUCAUGUGAAAUAAAAGGCAGGAAAGCUAAAAUCUGAUCCCUCGGAUUAAGUCAAGAAAUUGUGCGGUGGUUCAAAACGAAGAUGAGAGACUGACGCUUGAGGAUUCAGUUCUGGAUUAUUGUUUGGCUCCUGUGAUCCAUGCGGCCUGUGUAGUCUCGACAGUUGCUCACCUUCUCUUCUGAACGCACACCGCCUUCAGCUAUGGAGAAGCAGCUAGAGGACCUGAAGCAGCAGCUGGAAAAGCAAUGUAAUAUCAAUCAAGAGCUACAGAGGCAAAACAAAGACUUAGAGAAACGACUGCAAGAGAAAGAAAAACUUUUGCAGGAACUGCACAGUCAGUAUCAUGAUCUUGAGUUUCCUUCCCAGAGUGGUAAUGAGGCUGAACCUGAGUUCAGAAAGAGUCGAGCAGCGGUCAUAGCCUCAGAACCAAUUCCAGAGAACCUGGAGAUUACACGUAACAGGGUUAAAAAAACUGCCAGCGAGACGAGUCUGAUUGUCAAAGCCAUCCAGAAGAAUGACUUCCUGAGUCGCCUCGAUGAUGAGCAAAUAGCCAUGAUGGUUGACCUUUUAAUGGUUUCUGACUUCAAACCCGGGCAAGAAGUUAUCAAAGAGGGCAGUGAAGGAGACAGCAUGUACAUAGUGGCAGCUGGCGAGCUAACUGUCACCCAGGCAGGCCGUGAGCUUCGAACUUUAACAACUGGGGAUGUUUUUGGAGAGUUGGCCAUCCUGUAUAACUGCAAAAGGACGGCAACAGUCAAAGCAAAGACACCCGUCCACCUGUGGUGCAUGGAGCGCCAGACCUACAGAACCAUCAUAACCAACAAGUCCAAGAAGAAACGGGAGCAGCUCAUGGGCUUCCUGAAGACAUCUCGUACUCUGAAGGACCUAAAUGAUGUGCAGUUGUCCAAAAUCAUUGACUCUAUGGAGGAGGUGAAGUACCAAGACAAAGAUGUCAUUGUUCGUGAAGGAGCAGAAGGAAACACAUUUUACAUUAUCCUCAAAGGGGAGGUCUUGGUGUCAAAGAAUGUGAAUGGACAUCAGAAGCAGAUUCGCAGGAUGGGAAAAGGGGAGCACUUUGGGGAGCAGGCCCUCAUACGUGAGAUCUUGAGAACAGCAACCUGCACUGCUGAUGGCCCUGUUACCUGCUUCACCAUUGACAAGGAGGUUUUUGAGGAAACGAUUCCCGUAGAGCACUUAGAGCUCUUUGAUGACUCCAAAGUGAUGCAGGAGGCUAAAGCAAUAGAAAAGUCAAGUCCCAGCUCCACUCUAAAGUUCAAGGAUCUGGUUCCUGUGCUUUAUCAGGAGGGUCGUUAUCAAGGAGAUACUGUCACACUAGGAGUAGGAGGAUUUGGUCGUGUAGAGCUGAUGACCACAGUGAAUCAUGGGAAAUAUUAUGCCAUGAAGCGAGUCAGCAAAAAACAAAUAGUUGCCAAGAGACAAGAGGAGCACAUGCUGUUUGAGAAAAAGAUUCUCAAAGCGAUCCAGUGUGACUUCAUUGUCAGACUUUAUGCUGCUUUCAAAGACACACGAUACAUCUACAUGGUGAUGGAGUUCUGUGCUGGGGGAGAGAUCUGGACAAAGCUCAAAGAAGUGGGGCGUUUCGAUGAGCCUGUUGCAGUUUUCUGUACUGCCUGUGUGGUGGAGGCCUACGCAUACCUCCACAAGAAGAGCAUCAUGUACAGAGACCUGAAGCCUGAGAACCUGAUGCUAGACAUAAGGGGCUACAUCAAACUGGUUGACUUUGGCUUUGCAAAGGAGUUGGUGCGUGGUGAGAAAACCUACUCUUUUGUGGGCACUCCUGAGUACAUGGCCCCUGAGAUCAUCAAGAACCAAGGACACGACUUUGCUGUGGAUUUUUGGUCCCUUGGCAUCCUUAUCUUUGAAUUACUAGUGGGAAGUCCUCCCUUUUCAAGUUCAGAACCACAGAAGAUUUAUGCCAAAAUUUUGGAUGGGGUGCUCAAAUACCCACCUUACCUGACUGAAGCUGCCAAGUCUAUCAUCAGUAAACUGUGCCGACCCCGACCGGGUCAGAGGUUAGGAAACACUAAAAAUGGAAUCAAAGAUGUCAGGCACCAUAGGUGGUUUAGCAGUAUGAACUGGCACAAGCUGCGUAUGGGUCAACUGGACGCUCCGACAGUGCGACUAAUUCGAAAAGGUCCGUGCUACAUCAACUUUGAUCGGUUCCCCCUCGAUCAGACAAAGGCAGAGGAGGAGUUCUCUGGGUGGGACCGUGACUUCUGAAUGUCAUGCCUCCGACUAAAGGCCAACAAACAGGACAACACUGGCCGGCCUUAUUUUAUCCGGCCUCUAAUGGAGCCAUACAUUUAGUAUUUAAAAAGAAAACACACAUUUAAUACCUAUUUUUCACAUGAUAAUUGUGAAGCUGCAGGGCAUCACAACCAAAACAUAGUAUGAAGUUUUUCUGUUGCUGUUCUGAACAAUCCAUCAAGGUGGACAAGAGAGCUUUUUCUGAAAGCGUGAGGACGAGAUGUUCAGAGGUUAUGUUGGCAUUUUUAGUGCACGGGGAUUUGGUGCAUGAUGGCUAAGUGUUGAUCUGAGUAACACCCCUCAUUUAUUACGACAAUAACACUCAUUCAACUGUCUGGCUGCUAGCAGGCUUGAGGAGACUGGUGAUAUAUGGCACAAUAAGCAAAAAACAAAACAAAACAAAAGAAAACCCUUCUUUUAACAAAUGUGAUAAUAAAAUCCCUGCUGAUUUGAGUACUGUUUGCUGUUCAGAGGAUCUAUGUUGCAAUGAUAUGUUUCUUGCUUAAUAUUUAGCUCCUUAACAGAAUUUAUGAUACCCUUUCUGAUAUCUGUGUAAAGUUGUAAACUAUAAAUUGUCAGAUGUUUCUUCAUUUUUUGAUAUCUGGAUUAAAACAUUCUUUUUGAUUGAGU